GCAAAUUUUUAAAUUUUCCGCAUCUGUUUCAGAGGUAAAUUAAUAUAAAUUGAACAAGAAGAGUUACCCAAUAAACAGAUCAAGAUGGGUUGCUUCUCCAAGUUUUUCCUGUUCAUCCUGAACUUCAUUGUCUUUGCUAUGGGUGUAGCCGUCAUUGUUCUGGCCUCCCUGAUCUUGGCCAACAGCGACGACUUCAAGGUCCUGCUUAGCGAUGGAGUUUUCACGCUACCCAUCAUCCUCCUCAUUCUGGGCAUCAUCGUGAUGCUCAUUGGUUUCUUUGGUUGUUUUGGUGCGAUGCGAGAGAGUCCCUGUCUUCUCUAUACCUACGCCACUAUUGUAUUGGUUCUGCUCUGCGCCCAAAUUGGGGUUGCAGUCUACGGUCUUGUAGAAAAAGAUGAAAUUCAAGAGAAGAUUGCGAACAGCAUGGCCGAAGUGUUCAGCAAGUAUGGUGGUGAUGACACAGAACUGAAUAAUGCGCUGGACGCAGCUCAGCAUCAGCUUCAAUGUUGCGGAGUGUACAACUACACGGACUGGAAUUCGGGCUAUAUCAACUCCCCAUUGCCCGCCAACACUGUGCCCCCCGGGUGCUGCAAGACUAACGUCACGGGCUGCUACCAAAAUGUGAACACCAACCCCGACAAUAUUUACGUCACUGGAUGCUACACUCUCCUUGUUGAUACCAUAAGGGGACAGGCGUUAUGGCUUGCGAUCGGAGCGAUAAUUUUGGGACUUGUACAGCUUGGAUGCGUCCUCAUCGCAUGCGGUAUCGGCAAGAGGGGCGGCAGUGAUCAUCGGGUGUAUUAGAUUUUGCGAGACUGAGGAAAUAGUUCGACUAUGAGGAUAGUCUACUGUAACAUGGAAAUGAGUUCCGAAAACAAGUUUCUUAUUUUUGUAUAUAUGAUUCCUGUUUGUUUAGCACCCAUCAUUAUAGUAAUUUACUAUUUUAUUCUGGAAAACUAACUAUUAUUUGCGUUGGGUUCUAAUGGUUGGAAAUAUCGUAGAGGUUUUUGUCGAAUGUCAAAUCCUCACAUGGUUUUCUAACGAGCUGUUUGCCCUGACUAGUUUGUUUAAAGGAUUCAUUUAGUAAAUCGUAUUCGAAAUGGAGAAUCAGGGUAGCUUAUUGCAGUGUUUGAGGUUCGAAAUUUAUGGACCUAAACCAUACUGCUGAAAGUGAUAUCAUUUACCCUGUAUUUGUAGAACUAAGUUUAAUCCGUAUUAUUCUCGAUCUACUUACGUUUAUCGCUUGAACUACAGUAUUCUACACGUACUUGACGCAACAGAUUUUCUGCGUACUUAGCACGUGAGACUGCUAACUACAUUAUAGGCACUAAUUAUCAUGUACACAUUGUAUGUUGUGAAUUAUUUUAAUAAAUGGUAAUACGAAGU